AUGCCGAUGACCACGAUCUCCGCCUCGCUCGCGCCUCCAUCGCGCGUCACCGCCGUCCACGGUUCCGCGUCAUCCCGAACCACGUCGGCGCGAUCCAUCCCGAUCUGCACGACGCCGUCCAUCCGACGCGCGUCCGGGUCCAGCGCGAGGACCGCGCGCGUCGCCGCCGGUAAGUUCCAGAAGAUCGGCGUCUCAUCCGAGGACGGUGCCGAGGACGGCGCCGAAGGUUCCGCCACCCCCGCGGCGCCCAAGCUAGAGAUCGUCGGCCUCGCGAACGAUGACGGCACCCAGAAGUUCGACGACGACGAGCUCCCCGACAACCUCUUCGACGCCGUCGCAACCGCCGCGACCGCCACGGAGCAGGCCAUCUCCAACGGCAGUCUCGGCAACCUGGUGGAGCUGCGCAUCCCCGAGCUAUGGGAUCCCAUCUCCGGCAACGUCAUGGCCGAGGCUGGCGACCAGCUCAAGGUUUGGGAGAUCACCCGCGAGUACGCCGCGCAGCUGUGCGAGCGCAUGGGUCCCGACUCCAAGGUCAAGGCGGUGUUCCCCGACGCGGGAUGCGCGGCGAUGCUCAAGGCGAGGUGGCCCGACGCGCCGUUCGCGAUCGCAUCCGCUAACGACCGCCUGCUGUACCAGGACGGUGACGAGGUUCUCGUGUUUGCCGCGCCCGAUCCCCCGUCGCUCGAGAAGGUGACGUCCACGACCAAGCUGGCAAACGAAAACGGCGCCGCGGUGGUGCUCGUUAACCCCAGGCUGGCGUCCGGCGACGCGGGCAUCGGUCUCACUGUGCGACGCAUGCGCGAGGACUUCCUCGGUAGGAUGACCGUGGUGUAUUGCCUGCAGCCGCUGCCUUGGUGCAACGGGAGCAUCUUCAAGAGGUAUCCCGGCCUGUGGCGGCUGUACCUGGAGGACGAGACCAGGCCCGGGCGGUUCAAGCUGGUGCAGGAGAGCGCCACGAGGCUCGCGGGCGACGAUCUGGACGACGUGGUGAUGUCCAAGCUCAGGCCCGAGGGCGAGGACGGGGAGGAGAAGGAGAUGGGGCCGGGGGAGAUGGUGUUCAAGCUGGUGAGGGACGCGCAGAGGUUCAUGAACUCCCUCCGAUAG